GAGGUGAGCAGCGCGCACACGUCGCACUAUCAACUGGACUCAUCUGAGAAAACAACUGCGCAGCGUAAAGCAAGAAUCCAAAGACAAGUUUUGCCCUCCGCGUUGCGCAGUAGUUAGUAUGGACCGGGCGACGGGUUCCACUUCCCCGGCUGCUGCUGCUGUUGCUGCUACUGCUGGUGGUGGUGCUGCUGUGUCCGGGCAGAGGAGAGGAGAAGCGGGCUCUUUGAUCCACCAGCUGCCGCUCUUCGCCCACUGCGCACAAGCUUGAGUAAAGUUCAAGCGGAGGGACACGUCUACGGAGCUACAAAACAACUCAAAACAAUGGACAUAACCGUGCGUAAAAUGGCACAACGCGAGGAUUUAAUUGUGGAAUAAUGCCUUUCUGUGGACUCGCCGGGGUUUUGCUUCUUCUUUUCGGCUCGAAGCAGCGGCGUUCCCGUGCGGACCUUUACGUGGUUUUACGCAGAGAGACCGUAUGAAGGACACAGACGCGGAGAGAGAAAAGUUGAACGGUAGCGGGGUUUGUGAUGGAUAAAGGCUCGUUCAAGGACUCGGGACCCAAAUGUCACCCCCCUCGGACUGUGGGCUGGUCAGGGCCCAGCCGUGUGUGACAGGAGCCCGGAGCGGCCCUCUACAGCCAGCCUCCAAAUUGGCCCUGACUAAGCUCUGCGUGGUGCAGCCGUGAACGGUCCUGCUAUGGUCUGAUGUCUCAGCAUGGAUGGAGUCAGUCCACAGACUGGCCACCACUAAUGAGCGCGUCGCUCUUCAGCUGAGGACUAGCUUUUACAGGAUUACUCCCACUGUUUCCUGCUCUUUUCCCAGCUAACGGCAUCAUUACCAAAUUCUUGGACAUUUUGGCUCUUAUUUUUUUGGGGAUAUAUACACCAUUUCCUUUUUGAAGUUUAUUUGUUUGAAUCCAUCCAAGUUCCUUUUUAUUGGUUCUACUUCUGCUGUUGUGUUUUUCCACUAUGGAGUUUCUGGCUGGACCGUGGAAUAAAGGUUGGGCUUCGUUCUUGCAUUUUUGGUUGACUGUUAUUAUAAGCCUCCAACUGCAGUUUGGUCCCGGUGCCUCGUGCCCGGUGGAGUGCCGCUGUGACAAACAGUAUGUGUACUGCAAUGAUCGCAGCUUGACCUCAGUGCCUCUGGGGAUCGAGGAGGGCUACAAGAUCCUCUUCCUUCACAACAACCAGAUCAACAAUGCUGGCUUUCCUGUGGAGCUUCACAAUCUGGCCUCAGUAGAAACUGUUUAUUUGUACGGCAACCAGCUGGAUGAGUUUCCUGUGAACCUACCCAAAAACACUAAAGUACUGCACCUUCAAGAGAACAAUAUCCAGACUAUCUCCAGAGCAGCCCUGGCCCAGCUGACUCGGUUGGAGGAGUUGCAUCUUGACGAUAAUUCCAUCUCCACUGUGGGGGUGGAGGAGGGAGCCUUCAGGGAGGCAGUUAGUUUAAAACUACUCUUCCUCACAAAGAACCACUUAAGCAGUGUUCCCAUUGGCCUUCCCGAGGACCUACAGGAACUGCGAUUGGAUGAAAACCGGAUCGCUGUCAUUGCAGAGGAGGCCUUUCAGAAUGUGACACGAUUACAGCGCCUCCUGCUGGAUGGGAACCUCUUGACAGAUGAGGGCAUUGCACCAGGGACCUUUCAUGACCUGACCAACCUCCGUGAACUGGCCCUAGCCCGCAACUCCCUCACAUUCCCCCCUCCCCUCCUCCCCUCACUGUCAUUGGUCAAACUCAGCCUGCAGGAGAACCAGAUAAACCAGAUCCCUGUGGCCGCCUUCGCUGACCUCAGUAAGCUGGAAAAACUGGACAUCUCCAGUAACCAGCUGCAGACUCUGACGCAGGGCGUGUUUGAUGGACUGUCCCGCCUUCGACAGCUCAUGGUGCGGAACAACCCCUGGAGAUGUGACUGUUCUGUUAAGUGGGUGGUGGUGUGGCUCAAGGCCCUACCCUCCUUCGUAAAUGCCCGAGGCUUCACCUGCCAGAGUCCGGACAAAGUACGCGGCAUGGCCAUCAGAGAGCUCACUUUGGAGAUUAUUGAGUGUCCCAUUGAUAAAGAGCAGCCGGUCUGGCCCACUCUGCGGUCCACACCCCCUCCUCCCCCCACCACUGCCCCUGUCACCACCAUGAUCUCCACCCUCAUCACCACCUCCCUCCCAUACUACUUUGACUCCCCGUCACCCCCCCUCCCUCCCAUCUAUCACAACCCCUCUGGGCCCCUGCCCCCCUAUGAGGACCCCCUGCAGAUCUCCUUCCAUGUGGUGAACUCCACUAACAUCGAGGUGAGCUGGGCUUCCUACUUCACAGUCACAGCUUACAAGGUCACAUGGGUCAAAAGGGGCCAGAGUCAAAUGAGUGAAGGAAUGCAAGAGCGGACAGUAAGCGGUGACCGCCGGCACAUUAGCCUUUCUAACCUGGAGCCACGCUCUGUCUACCGGAUCUGUGUGCAUGUUCUGGACUCACUAAACUCCUACCGGCCCGGAGAGGACACUAUCUGCUCUGAGGCCAGGACUAAGUCCACCACUUCUAAGCCUGACUCAGGCCAGCCCUCUCAGGACAGCCUCAACUCCACGCUGCUUUUGGCAGGGAUCAUUGGAGGGGCGGUGCUUAUCGUUCUGAUCACACUGCUCAGCUUGUUCUGCUGGCACAUGCACAGGAAGAGCCGGUCAUCUUCCACCAAAUGGAAAUACAACCGAGGCCGGAGAAAAGACGAUUACUGCGAGGCUGGGACCAAGAAGGAUAACUCCAUUUUGGAGAUGACUGAGACCAGUUUCCAGAUAGUGGCACUGAACAAUGAACAGCUGUUGAAGGGCGAUUUCCGAAUUCAGCCCAUCUAUACUCCCAAUGGUGGCAUUGGAUUUAGAGACUGUCACCUGAGUAACAACAGCAUAGCCUACUGCAAAAGCAGCAAUGUGCCCAGUACAGAGUUCUGUCACACGUGAUGCUGCGAAUAGUACAGUAUACCAAGGAACACUUGCAUAAUUACACAUGCACACUAUUUGUGUAGACUACAAGCAUAAAAUUUAGUCAAAUUAAACUGUACUAUAUAUAUUUCCAAGUUCUGUCUACAAUGUAAUUUAUACUGUGGAUAAAAAUGUGGGAUUCUCUGCUAUCUUUUUUAUUCUUAGAAAAAGCGUUUGUUCUUUUUAUAACCAGCAGAGUUUUGAGAGUUGUUCUAAUGGUCAGUACUGUACAUGAACAUGAAUCUGUACAAUCACGGCACCCUGGGUGUAGCUUCUUACAAAUGCUGUCAGAGUUGUUGAGCUGGAUGCAGAGAGGGCUGGGAUUUUUUGCUAACCACAGAAGCAAAAAUAUGGCCUAUUUGUGUUUUUAGAAACUGUAAUCGCUCUCGAUACAGCCCCACAGUAGUAACACAGCACAGGGCAAAUCAAAACAUGGCUGAUUAAAGCACUGUGGAUAUAUAGUACUGGUUUUGCUGGUGGUAAGUUGUAAAAGCAGAGUUGAAGUGCACUUUCUUAUUAAUGGAAGCAAGGCAGGAAAUGAACAGCGGUGGUACUACUCGCAUGUGGGAGGUUGUGUCAUCAGCGCUGGUGAAAAACCCUGGGAUGAGAUUUCCCAGAAGUGCUUUAACACUAAAAGCAUCUUUGUCACACUGAUUCUCAGCGUAAAGGUGGGCUUAGCUGCGACGCUACUGAACAGAGGCAUGUGCUCGUCUGUGGUGUGUCAGUGUCUGCACAUUCCUUUUUGUCUAAUGAGCAGUAACAUGACCAGGUUCAGUUAUUAACACGAGCCUAAAAAGCAACAAAGGCUUUUUGUCUGUAAUGAGCAGUGUGAAUGUGCUGACGCUCGCAAAUCCUUUUGAAGAAAUUCCCUAAUUUGUUCUGCUUCCUUAUGCUGCAUCUCCCUGUUAUGACAAGUGAGGCCACAAGGGGGCAGCUUCCCUCAGUUUUUCUGUGUGUGUGGGACUGUGCAGGAGACACAGUAGAAAGGCUCAUAGAUCAUUUUAAGGCGAGACGCUACAGGCAAAACUUUCUUUUUUCCCCUUUUUUUUAUCUGUUUGCUCAUAUACACAUUCAUGAGGAAAUAACAACAUUGUCUAAUCUGCAAAUUAAGAUGUUUUUAUUUUAUUUUAAUUCAAUCCCCAUGCUUUAUACCUUUAAAUUAAAAACGUAUUCCUUCUUCACCUGCAGUGUCUCUCCUUAAUAAUGUGGAAUCAUUUGAAGCUAACCAGUGUUUCCUGUUUGGCAGUCAAAUAAUAUAGAUUUUUCUUGAGUGUUAUGAGAGAGGCUUGUGUGAAGGCAGGAAGUAAUGUGAUUCAUUUUCUGAUGGCUCACACUAACCGCUAAUUAUACACCCACUUAUUUCAACCUUGUCCCAGCGUUCAUUAGACUUUUUGAUAAAUUGGCAAAUUACAACAAAGAGAUUACACUCCGCCCCUGGUCCUUACAAAGCACAGAGCGUAAUCUUGACGGAGCAGCUCAUCUAAUGUCUCAUCGUUUAUGCUUUUGUCUCCAUUUAUAAAAGUGUCGCGUCCAUUCAGGCUAUAGUUUUGUCUGCUCAAUGCACCAGCUCACGUCCCUUUCCCCAUACUGUCUGCCAUAAUCUGUGCAUGAAUGCUUCUAAAACUCUUUCACCACUAGAGUAAGGUAGAUACGAAGAAUACGGAGCGGUUUUGUAUCAAAGCAAUGAAUGGACAUCAUCAAAAUCAAAAUCAUCACAAAUAUUACGUCGUUUUUAUGCUGUUUUUGCUUUCAACUCAAUAUUAUUAAAUGAAAACAGCAUUUAAAUAUUCACUAAAAGAGAUGCAUAUGCUUCUUCCAUAUCAAAACAGAAAGAUACACUUAAUAUUCAAAGCAUUUUAAAGCAUUAACUCCUUAUACCAAGGCAAACAUGCUCAUAAUGUUGCAUAGAAUUGGGAGUUUUAAUCUCUGGUGUUGUCGUGAUACUAAAAUUUCAAAGUUCAAACAAAUAUAUGAUAAAAAAUACAGUAUUACAGAAAUAUAGAAUGGCAUUAGAGAUACCCCAGUUCCUUUGUCCUAACUCUGACUGGCCUCGAUUUAAACCUUGAUUUUCCUUUUUGCCUGAUGAGGUUGUACUUUGAGCAGUGGUGAAACACAACGAAUAUAAGAAAAAGUAGUGAAGUACAGUAGGAAAGUACAGUACUUAAGUAAAAAUGUAGGUGUCUGUACUUUUAAUACAUUUAAAAGUGGAUACUUCUUAGUUUUCGGUACAUUUGAGAGUAUAUAUUUGUACUUCUACUCCACUACAUUUUUUUUUAUUAAUAUUGUUUGAGACCUGCUGAAAAUUUGAGCAAACAUAAAUAUACAAAUAAAAUAUAAAAAAAUAUAUAUGAAUACAAUACAAUUCAGCACAAAUCUUUAUCAAAAUCACUACAUUUGAAGCCUUUUAAGACCUCAAAAUCUGCACGAAAUACUCUUUAAAUGCAUUUUUAAAGAGGUACUUUAAUACUUUUACUUAAUCACAUUUUUUUUUUUUUUUUUUUGCUUUGGCAUCUGUAUUUUGACUUAAGCAACAAAAUCGAGCACUUCUUCCACCACUGACUUUGAGGUCUUCAUUUUGCACGUCUUAAGUCGGCUUUAUUCGAUUUGACAAGACUUUACGUUGAGGGGCCCAGCGUAAAGAUUUCCCACCGCUAACACUGCCUACCCCCUCAUAAUCCCCAACCAAAAAAGGCAGAAAAUAUGAUGACCUUAUUUUCACUCAGUUGCAUGAAUCUCACAGUGGGAGCGGGAUCACGUUAACUAUUUCGGAGAGUCAGCUGCUGGCACUGUGGAGAACACCUUAUCAGCUCGAAACUAGGGCAAAAAACUGCAAAAACACGUGGAAGACGGACUCGAGUUUUCCUGUAGUAGUGCUAUCUGAAGUGGCAGCCCUAACUGUAAUUCUAGCGUUGCAUUAGAUCAAAAUCAUGCGGGGCUAGUUUAAAUUUAAACGAAGCCCACGCCUCCACAGCUGCAGCCUCGGCCUUGAAGAGAGGCUUUCACAUCCAUUAGCGUUUUUUCGGACUACUUUUUAGCUGCCAGACUUUUUCUCACUCUCGCUCCGUCUUGCGUAAUCUUGAAAGCUUUUGUAACAUUGAUAAAGUUGAGCAGGUACAUUUUUGACGUUUUAAAAAUUGAACAAAGCACCUCGCAGCGCUUUUAAGUCCUACAAACUAAAUGGGAUAUUUUUUCACAUCAAACCGCAAAUGUAAAAGUGACAGAUUUCAGUGUGGCUGGGAGGAGUGCGUUGAUCAUACUAAAGAUUGACAACCGACAAAUUAUAAACCGGUUAGCUUAUAUUUGCAGAGUGCACUAGACAGAGCUUAAGAAUGGUGCUAAAGCUAAACAAAAACUUAAAAUUCGCUAAAGAUAAUGCGUGACACCUAUUUCAAUAGCAUGAUGAUAUUAAAAAAAAAAAAAAAAAAACAUUUUAUAGACAGUAGAAUGUAAUUUUCAACACAAUUUUAACUAUUCAACCACUCAAAAACAUCCAUUUGGCUCUGUACGCAACAUCGCAGCAACCUCACUGUUAGCAUCACCACUUCCUGUCCACUUGUAUCUCUGAGGUUUUUGCCAAGUUACACUAAAAUUUAUAAAUAAUUCAACAUGCGGCAGGACAGGGAGCUGCGGACAGAUGUCACUGAAAAUAAGAGAGAUGUUUGUGUAUCCAUGCUAAAGCUAAUGCUAGUUUUGAGGCAUAAUAAAUAUUAAAACAAUCCCACAAACUGA